UUUCUCCGUCCAUUUCGCGUGCGAAACAAGGAUUUUUUAUCCGUUCUUUUUUUGCCCGAGUUUUCUCCUCGACUGCGCGCGCAUGCGCGUCUCGCCUCCCCGCCCGGCUGUUGCCUGGGAGCUCAGUGCACUCUUCUGCAUGCGAGAGGCCGUUCAGUCCAGCGGAACUUCACGAUGUGGGCGCCGAAGCGACCAAGCUUCUGGGACUCGGCAGAAGAACGCGACUCCAGUCGCUUCUCCUCCUCUGCUUCGCCGGCCUCCUCGGCGUCUGCGUCUGCGACGACUCUCAGCUCUCUCCAGUCGCGGGAGAGAAGCAGCGAAGGAAAGAGAGCGACGCAGCAGACGGAAGGGGGAGAGACUGAGGAGGCUGGAAAGGCAGAAGAGAAGGUGGAGGAUGGAGAAACAAAGAAGGUAGAGAAGAGAGGGGCAGAAAGAGGCCCAGGGAGAUUCGAGAGCGAUGAAGAGAGAAAGGAGACGCCGGCAGCAGCGACGCGAGACAGCAGAGAAGAAGAGCGAGUUUUUGCCGCAGCGAGAUUCUCUGGAGAGGAAGGGAAGACAGGAAGCGACAGAAGAGACGCUGGCCGUAGAAGAGAAGAACAGGAUGGAGCUGCGCCGGUUUUCUCCGUGUCUUUUUUCUCUGAAGAAGUUUCCAGAAAAAGUGACUUUUCCGAGGAAUCUGCAAAUCCACGGUGCUCUGCAGGCGCGCUUCGUAUGGGGGGUCAUGGUGAUGACGAGAAGGCGAAACGAGAAGAAGAGGCUUUGGCUGCUCUUUCUCCUCUCGGCCAAGAAAUCUUUUUUGCCGUUCGCGGGAUCCGGGACCCAGAGUUCCCUGUCUAUACACUUGGCGAUUUGGGGGUCACCACCCCCGAAAUGAUUUGCAUGCAGAACGAGGAGGCGCUGAGGACGGGAGACAGGGAGGCAGAACAAGACGAACGAGAGGGAAGAGCGAGCGAGGAAGAAGCGGGUGCAGGGUGUAGAGAAGAGAGAAGCGUCUGUAGAGGAACGACGGAAGCGGCUUCUGUUCGUAUGUCGUCGCGCAAACGAGAGAACAGCUUGAGUGACGAGUUUCAAAGACAACCUCCGGCACAGCCGCCACACGCUUCUUCCUCUUCCUCUGGUCAUGUCUCAUCUUCUUCCUCCUUUUCUCGCGUCUGUGGAUCUUUCGCUUCCUCUCCUGCUGUUGUGAAAGUCGGCUUGGUGCCGACGAACGCAAAGUGCUCGAUGAAUCUGUGCAGGUCCCGAGUGAGCAAACGAGAAGUAUCCAAGGUUUUAAAGACUCCUCCGCGUGGUGCAGUAGUACAUACGGAUGUCUCUGCACUCUUCCGCAUUGUCCAGUGAGACCGAGAACAGGUUUGGUGCCUUUUUUCUCCCUGUCCCCCAGCAAUGGAGUCUCAUCUCAGUGGGUUCUUCCCCGCUGCGUCGAGCAACACAAGCAUGCGUAGAGAGGUAUACAUGCGAGACUAUAUCCAUACACAUGUAUGCACAUAUAUACAUAUAGAUGUGGAACUGUGUUGAAAGAGUCCACAUCGAGCUUCGGUAGUACAGGGAUGUUGCAGUCCGCGUAAAGGAGAGGAAGUUUGCUUUUCUCACGGUUUUCUCUGGAUUUGAGAUUGUCUCGGCGAGCACAACGCAGCUCCGCUUCGUCCGCGGCAGUUGGGUUGGAGAUUCUGCAACAUCUGUUGAGGUUUGAGAACUGUAGAGAAGCUGAAAAAAGCUGUUUCCGCGUGACGAGUUAAUUUUUUAGUCUUCGCGCAUGCAGAUUGUGCCAAACCCCCGAGGGCACCUGUGAGACAGGAAGGUUCGCUCGACGAAUGUUUGCACAUGUACGAGGAGGCCAUAGAGACAGGAGGUGGAAAAAAGAGAAACAGAGUGCAAGGGGAAUCCGAAUAGACAGAGAAAACAUGUUGGAGAGCGGGAACAGAGCGCGCGGCAAGGGAAGGAAGGUAGAGAGAGAAACAGACGGCGAGAAGACUCAGGACGCGCAUAAAAGGAGAGAGCGAGAAGG